CAGUCCGGUUAAGGUAAACACCAAUAAAGAAGCGCUUUCACACGGGCACAGGUGCACUGCGUCCAAAAGAGACUCAUCGUGGAUAUAAUGCAGCAGAUCGAGCUGCAAGAUGACCAGUAGAACAGUUUAAAGAAGGUUCCUGAGGGCCAAAGGUCUGAAAGUCUGAACCCACUUCUUCUUAAAGAGAGACCGCCAUCUUCCCAGCAUGAAGAGGAACAAGCAGAUCAACAUCCAGCACGCCCUCGCUCUGGCCGGCACCUUCAACUUCCUGUCCUGCUGCGCCCGGGCCUCCCUGCUGCCCUUCCUCACCCUCUUCCUCCGUCAGCAGGGUCUCUCUCCCGCCAUGACGGGCAUCAUCAUGGGCACCAAGCACCUGAUCGCUCUGCUGUGGAGCCCCGCCUCCAGCCUGCUGUCCAAACACUACGACAAGAGGCGGGGGGUGAUCGUCGGGUCUCUGGUGUGUUCGGCGGUCGUCGUUGUUCUUCUUCUCUUCUUGCCGCCUGCAGACGUGCAUGUGAACUGUACAACGAGCGAUCUGAGCGGCGGCCCGACGGGAAGUCCGACAGGUGGUGGUGUGAUGAAGAGCAGCGCUGCACCUUCCACACUACCCAGAACGAAAAUCCACACAGCUACGGUUCCUCUAACUCACGCUCAUGAGGCUAAACCGGCUCCUGCUCUGACAGACGAAACAGCGCUUUAUGAUCUGGAUAAACCUCCGCUUCCAGGAGAAAAUGCAAACAAAAGUCUGACAGCUGGUGGUGUGAUCAGUGUUGCACCUUCCACUUCAACUAAAGUUCACAUCGCUUCGGUUUCUCACUCUGCAAGGGUCCCUGCAAACCCACUCACUGAUAAACCUGGUCCUGUUCUGACGGACGAAGCAGCUCUUUAUGAUCUGGAUAAACCUCCGCUUUCAGAAGAUGUCAAAAGUGCUGCAGAACCAGCUGCAGUGAGGAAGAGGAGGUCAGACAAAAAGAUGGAGGAGGAAAACCCGAGUCAGUUUGAGUUCCUGGGCAGCCUGAAGGUGAUGGACGCUCAGCACCAGCUCUUCUUCCUGAUCCUCAUCGCCGUGUCUCUGUGGGAGUUCACGGCGGCGCCUCUGGAGUGGACGGCGGACGACGGGCUGUACGACUACCUCGACUUCGCGGACGCUUCGGACCGCUACAGCAGCACCUCCGUCUGGGGGGUCGUCGGAUCGGCGUUUGGAGUCGGAGGAGCCGGACUUCUUGUGAGCCAGUUACCCUGCCUCGUGGCCGGGGGUUUCCCUCGCAGCGCCGCCUUCUUCUUCCUCUACGUGUUCAUUGGAUUCGUCACCGUUCCUGUCGCCGUGUACCUGCCUCUGUACCUGAAUAAGAAGCGGGAUCGGGGCGGUGGGCUCCUGAAGGCACUGCAGCUGGUGCACAGCUCCCCCCACGCUUUGCUCUGCGUCACCACCACCUUUUUAGUAGGGGCUGCUGGUUCCGCUGUGGAUAACUUCCUGUUGUGGCAGAUGCAGGACCACGGAAGCAGCGAGAUGCACAUGGGGGUGUCGCUCGCCCUCGCUUUAGUCUCACAGGCUGCCUACCCUCUACUUGGAGGGCGGAUCUCGAAGCGCCUCACCCCAGGAAAGGUGCUGGUCGUUGGGGCUGCGAGUCUCGGUGUACAGUGCUUCUACUACUCCUUCCUGUGGGGGCCGUGGGCUGUUUUUCCCGCUCAGAUGCUGAGCUGCUUCAGCUCUGGCGCCCUCUGGUGGGCCGUGAAGGUGCAGUGUGAGGAGGUGGCCACACCGGGUUCGGAGAGGAGCGUGAGGAGGGUCCUCAGCUCUUUGUCGCUUAAUCUGGGGAUUGGUUUGGGGAGUUUCGCCGGGGGGUUCGUGGUGCAGAGGUUCGGGCUGACGUGGCUGUUCAGAGGGGUGGCGCUGUGUGUGAUGCUUUGGUGUGCGUGCCUGCCGCUGCUGCAGUUCAAAGCCCCCCGACAGUGCAGGAUCAACUACUCCAGACUGCUGGCGGCCAACGGGAGCGACGCCAGCGACUCUGAGAGCGAGUCGGACUGGCUGGAGAAAGCGAUGGAGGAAAACCGAUUCAAAAACAACUCGGGGAGGAGGGUCCACUGAAGUUUCUAUCAGAAGAGUUUUCCUCGACAAAAGACAUUGUUGGUCAACUUGCACUCGUAUAAUUUUGUCAACGAAUCAAUUUGCUGUAGUUUUUCCAGAAAGAAUUAUGAAGAAGCACAUCUUUUAUCCCAGGGGUGCGGGAAAUAACUCUGAGGGGAAAGUGAUAAAGAGUUCUGCUUAUAUCUACAUAAUAUAUUCAUAUGUUUAACCCUACCUUUAGGAAAUCAUAGAACCACUUUUUAUAGGUAGGGCACCAACUAUGCAGAAAUACUUGUUAUUUUCUUUGUCAAACUUAAAUUGUAUUGAACCGUAUCUGCUCAUAAGGGUCAUUCAGCAAGAAAAAAACACUCUAAUUGAAUUGAUUAAUUGCACCAGUGAUGUAUGGCAAGGCCAAGGAACAUGCAUAUUCAGUAGCUGUGUGAUAAGUAAAUGUACUGACCCUAACUAACAUGUUUGUUCUCUUACCCUUAAAUUCAUAAGGAAGCAAAUCCCAAAGAAAGCUUGUAGAUUUCCAACGUUGACCGCUUUAAUUCAAAUCAAACUCUGAUUCCUGCUCAUCAUGUUUUCCAUCAGAGUUAAGUGGAGUGGCAGUCUGUAGUUAAAAUGUCUUAGAGCUGUACUGAUGGACUCCCUCUCUGAGCCACCUGAGCCUCUGCACAUAAGCAUAAGCAAUCAUUGUAUUUUCCUGAAGCAAACAAGGUAGCAGGAUUACGGCUCUGCAGGGGAAGACCCGGCAGGUUUUAAGACACUGAGUUAUUUUUCUGCUGGUGAUGUUUGCAGAGGAUGAGGCUCUGGCUUCUUGUUUCACCUCACCCUAAAGCCUGUUUAUCGACUGUGAAGUCAUGCCCUGUGUCUGUGCCUUACACUCUUUGAACUGCUGAAACUAUUUAAGACCAUACGUUUGUCCCAGAGAUGUAAUGAUAGUCUAAAGUUUGUUUUCUAAGAGCUCUCCUCCAUAACUGGGACUGUGACUUUGUAUGAGUUGUGGGAAUGUUUGUCUAACCUGUAUUUCAAUGUCACUAAACAUGCCGCCGGUCAAAAGGCUUGUUUUGAUCUGUUCGAAAUCACCAGUUUGUGUGGAAAAGAAAAUAUGUUGUCUUAAAGGGACAGUGCACCCCGAAUCAAAUAAACAUGUUCGUCCUUUUA